CUAUAUAACACAACAGUCUAUAAUACAGUCUAUAUAACACAGAAGUCGAUAUAUGUCACUUUCAAUGCCAACAGGGUUAGAACUAUAUAUUUAUACCCUAACACAUGUAUGAAAUGUCUGCUUUUCCAGAUCUUUAUCAUCAAGUGGAAGGUGAUCUGGUGUUGAAGCCAGAGAAGUCCACAGUGCCUGACCACAUCACAAGCAUCCUAUGGAAGCAUGGGAAGUACAAGGUGGCAGAGUGGGACAACGAUUUUGGUGGUCUGGACAUCUAUGGUAACUUCAGAGAGCGUACAACCCUGGACCAGACUACUGGAGAGCUGAGAAUCAGUGGAUUGAUGAAAACAGACAGUGGAAUUUAUUCUGUGGAGUUCAACAGCAAACUGCUAGACAAGACAUAUACACUAUCUGUUAUCAAGGCAGUCCCCAAACCUACAAUCACUUCUUCCUGUAACCCAGACAAAACCUCCUGCACUCUGACCUGUGAAGGUGACACCACUGAUGCUGAACCAGUCACCUACAGCUGGAAAGUGGGAGAGGGGCCGUGGCAGGUCUUAGACAAACAGCUGAAUGUCUGUAAGAGCAACACUGGCAAAUCAAACAGUGGAUAUAAUUACAUCUGCAAGCUGAAUAAUGCUGUUAGUGGGGAAGUCAGUGAGCCAGGUGAAGAGGUGUUUGGUUCAGGUGAGUGGACACUCAUAAGUGUGUUACAGUCUUAUGUAUUGGUAUGUCAGUAACACUGCUAGUGUUGUAGGACAUUUUGAAUGCUGCACUAUGUAGAAAACAGACAAUGGAGUUUAUUCUGUGGAGUUCAACAGCAAACUGCUUGACAAGACAUAUACACUAUCAGUAAGUGUUUCUCUGUGUGUGUGUGUGUGUGUGUGUGUGUGUGUGUGUGUGU